GUAGUCUAGUUACUUCUAUUUAAUAUCUUAAAAAGGCUGCUUAAAUAGCGAUACAAACCAAUCUUCUUUUACAACCAGAAAUUGCGGCAGUACCUUGUUAUUCCUAUUCAGGCUUAGCCUGUUCAAAUUCUGCUUAGCGAAGGUCAGGCGGGUAAGGUGAGGACCCUCCUCCGCUCUAAGACUGUCUGACAGUCUUGCACCUACCUUCGAUUUAGAGAUCACUCGAUCGACUGAUCACAAUCGCACCGGACAAGAGGAGUCCCGACCAGGCCUUUCCUCGGUUGAGCCUCAUGGAAUCGGCUCAACUAUGAUAGAAACUCUUGGAACGCGAACGACAGGCCGAAUCGCCGAGCCGAGACCUCCAGCGGCCCUUCAUCCCACUCAUCAGACUACUAGUAGUUAGGCAGUUGUUUAGUGCGGGACAAGAGCACAGUCCCCGCCGAAGCAAUGACUACAAUACGGAGUAAGGCGCGGAGGACAGCAUUCCUGUUCCCCAUUCAAGUGGAUCUUGCUGUUGGCAAUGCAUCCACUGUUUCAAUGCGGCAUUUUCAACGAUUUCAACUCCAUAUGUGGCUUGAUGCUGUGUCGUGACUGGGCGAAUUGUGCGCGUGGUUGUAUGCUGGCGUCAUGACCAUCGUGAGGUUGGACUCGGGUCUAUAGGAAAACCGAGUACGAUGACUAUCCACUUCAGCGUCUCAGCGAGACUUUCUCGUCCGAAAGACGACAUCUAAGGAAUCGCGAAGAUCCCCCGCCUCUAUCCCCAUGCUCCGAGCCCGUCGGUCCGUGGAUCGGUAUAAAUUGGGCAGACUCCCUCGUCUAUAGCAUCCUAUCCGUCUUUCCUGAUACCAAUCUACCCUGAUCUCAUACCCUUCUUACGGUUAAUUCUCGGCGAAACUACCCAUCAUGGCCGCCAGUCCCAUCCAAAACGGCCAUUUCGUUCACAACAACACUACGGCCCCCGAGCCCUCUGGCCUACUGAGCUUGUUCUCCCUGAAAGGCAAAACCGCCAUUAUCACUGGUGCCGGUGCCGGAAUUGGCCUUGCCGUGGCUCAGGGUCUCGCGGAAGCCGGAGCCAACGUGGCGUUGUGGUACAACACCAAUGACAAAUGCCACGAGCGUGCUGCUGAAAUUGCUGCUAAAUAUGGUGUACAGGCCAAGGCCUACAAAGUCAACACGACCGACCCCGCAGCCGUUGAAUCUGCCGUCAACACCUGCGCAAAGGACCUCAACGGUCGUCUCGACAUCCUCAUUGCCAAUGCCGGUGUCCCCUGGACUAAGGGACCUAUGGUGGACGGCCCUCUCGACCACUACAGCCAGGUCGUCGACAUCAACCUGAACAGCACCUUCUACUGCGCCAAAUACGCUGCUGCCCACUGGCGCCGACAGAAGGAGGAAGGCACUGACCUUAACGGCAACCCACUCACAAACUUCACUUACGGCAGCUUCGUGGCCACUGCCUCGAUGAGUGGACAUAUUGUCAACUUCCCCCAGCUGCAGAGUGCCUACAAUGCUGCGAAGAGCGGAGUGAUUCACCUGUGCAAGUCGCUGGCCGUGGAGUGGGUCCGAUAUGCCAGAGCGAACUCAGUAUCACCGGGAUACAUUGUCACUGAAAUCUCCAAUUUCGUGCCGCAGGAGACCAAGGAUAUCUGGAAGGAUAAGAUUCCGAUGGGCAGAGAGGGUGAGGUGGGUGAGUUGAAGGGAGCGUACUUGUACCUGGCAUCGGAUGCGUCGAGCUAUACUACUGGAGCGGAUCUGGUGGUUGAUGGAGGAUACACUUUGCCAUAGAUAAAUCAUUGAUGAAUGACGAAUGAAUUCCACUAUACUU